AUGGAAGGAGAAUCCGAGAAGUCUUUUGGGAAUGAUUUACUCUCAAAAGAAGGUGUUCCAAAUUUGACUCAUCCUUCCUAUCAGAAAUUUGUGGAGGCUCGCAAUACACUCAUGUCAAAUGAGAGAUUGCAAAGAAGUGAUCAUGAAUUUCGAGCUGCGCUUUCUCCUACAGCCAUCAAAGCCAGCUCAAUCAUUUCCAAUAUCCGAUCCGAGGAACUCAAAUCAACAUGGUCAACCUCUGCGACACCAUCGUUGAACCCCGAAGAGCUAUUCCCUGGAAUGAUGUUCAACAUCGCCAAACCAGCUUUAGAGUCGACCAAGCUAUGGAAGAUCAUCCAGAAAAUGCCAAAAGGCGCACUUUUGCAUUGCCAUUUAGGUGCUAUGGUUGACUUAGAGUGGGUCUUUGCGCAAGCAAUAGAGACUGAGGGACUGUGCAUCUCUUCGGAUGUCCCACUUACUGACGAUUCAGUCAGAGACAAGGCUGGAAUUCGAUAUGUCUACUCCGGCUCUGCGCAUCUGGAGCAGAAAUCGAUCUGGAGCGCAGGAUAUGUUCCAGGCUCGUUGAUUCCCACUUCUGUCGCUGCAGAUUCUUUUCCAGAGACCGGUCGCAAAGGGUUCAUUGCAUGGAUGAAAGAUCGCUGUUCCGUGACCCAAACAGAGUCUAUUCAACAUCAUCUUGGAGUUGAUGAUGUUUGGCGGAAGUUAAAUUCUGCGUUCUCGAUCUUGACUGGCGUUGUUUACUAUGAGCCAAUUAUGAGAAAAUUCCUGCAGAAGUUCUUCACCACGUUGGUGGCAGAUGAGGUUCGUUGGGUCGAAUUUCGGUCGGCGCCGUUUACUGCUUUUACCGUCGAGAAAGCUGAAAAGGCCAGCGAUGAUCCAGAUGUACUUCUUGGUGUACUGAAUGAGGAGAUUGAGAAGUUCAAAUCCAGUGACGCUGGACGUGGAUUUUGGGGUGCAAGGAUGAUUUGGGCAUCUUUGAGGUUUUGGCCGACUGAGAAGAUUAUUCAAGACAUGAGCCAUUGCAUACGACUCAAGAAGCUGUACCCUGAUCUUAUUUCUGGCUAUGACUUAGUCGGACACGAGGAUCCCGGCCGGACGCUUGAAUCGCUCACACCAGAGCUUCUCUGGUUCCAAGAAGAAUGUAAGACCCAAGCAGUCAACAUCCCCCUAUUUCUCCACGCCGGCGAAACUGUUGGCUGCGGAACACCCACUGAUCAGAAUCUAUACACCGCAAUACUCCUGCGCAGUCGACGUCUCGGCCACGCAUUCUCUCUUUACAAGCACCCUCUGCUCAUAGACCAGUGUAAAAAGCAGAACAUUCUUGUGGAAUCAUGUCCUAUAUCCAACGAAGUACUUCGCUACUCGGCGAGUAUUAUGUCUCAUCCUCUCCCUGCACUCAUCAGCAGAGGUGUAAAGGCUGCAUUGAGCAAUGAUGAUCCGGCACUGUUGGGACAGGGAACGAGUGGCUUGAGUCAUGACUUUUGGCAGGCUAUUCAAGGAUGGGAGGAUUUGGGGAUUGAGGGGCUGGGAAGCCUGGCGGAGAAUAGCAUCAGGUGGGCGGCGUUUGAAGAUGAGAGUGAGGAUGAGUGGAACUUGGGUGUUGAGAAGGGAUAUGAAAGUGCUGGUGUCAGAGCGAAGAGAAUGGAGGAGUGGAAGGUUGAGUGGGAGAGCUUUUGUGAGUGGGUUGUCACGGAGUUUGGGACUGGUGUUUGA